CCCCCUCGCCGGCCGGCCAGUCUCGAUGUGACCUACGGGCGAAUGGGGCUGCGCGCGUGAUGCGUGUUGUGUUGUGAUUCUGUGAUUGUUCGAUGACGUCGGUCAAGCGACGGGCUCAGACGGUGUGGUUCCGUAUUAUGGAGUACUGCCACCUGCUGUCGCCGGCAUUCCUCUUGUUCCGAUUCAACCUCCUCGUCGAUGAGAUUCUGGUGUUCCACUAUCUGUGCCAACGGAGCAGGGAGGCGGAGGCGGCCCGGGCGCGGAGGCCAGAGGACGACAUGCUCGCGGCGCUCUGGUGUCGACAGCGUGGUUGCGGCGGUUGCGGGAACGCCAGUCUGGCGAGGAGGGCGAGUUUCCUGUGGAGGCCCAGCACACCACCACGGGAGCUGUACUCCGCCUGGUCGGGGAGGGUCGGGGCCAGCGCCUACAUCCCGUCGGAGAAAGUGCAGCAGCUGUUCAACGACUUGCAGCUCUACCCCUCCAAGUUGGAAGUGGUCGAGAUGUUGCGGUGCGCCCAGCAGCGCGCCCAGCGCACCGAGCCGGCGUUUCUCACCUACGAGGAGUUCUCCCUGUUCGCCAAGGAGCUGAAGCGCGCAGCAAAGGGGAUCUCGUGGACGUCGCCGCUGUCGCUGGACCGGGAUGGCGAGGACACGAAGAGGAGCAGGACGCGGCGGAGGACGUCCACGCGGUCACCUCAAGUAUUCUUGGGAGGCUCGUGCAAUCCUACGACCUGGCGGCAGGAUGUCGCAAUUCCUCUUCUGCAGGAUUUGGAUAUUACAUUUUACAACCCGCAAGUGUCAGAUUGGGCACCUGAGCUGAUAGAGAAAGAACAUUUUGCCAAGACAAAUGCAGAAGUUCUUUUCUUUGUGAUAGAUAAUCAGACAAGGAACACUGCUUCGACUGUUGAGGUAGCAUUUUAUUCAGGACUGAGAAAACAAAAAUUAGUUUUAGUUGUACAUCCAUACCAGUCAUCAGGAGCAAAGAUUGCAGGAGAAGAAAUCCUUGAUGAUGAGUGGAGAGAUCUUAUCAGCAGCCAGCGGGUAAUGCAACUACUUGCUGAAAGGCAGGGCAUGCCCUUUUUCUCAAACAUCCGCAAUGCUAUUGAUGGCAUUGACAAGGUUUUGAGAGAAAAGGUACCUGCUCAAGAACUGCAGUCAGGGAAAAAAGGUUUAACCCAGAUAAAUGAGUCAGGUGUAUUGGAAAAAGAAGCUAAAGAAAAUGUCCCUGUCAACUUUGAUCAAUUUAGUGCAAGUGUUGUGGAUCCUAAAUCAAAUCAAGAAAGUGAGCAUUUUUUGUACAACGAUACGCUUGGUAGAAAUAUUUCAUCCUCAAGGCCUUUGAAGUCCUCAUCAUCAAACCAGCAGCCUAGCUUUGAUGUGUGUCUCUGUGGAGAUGAGGUUGCAGUUCCUCUUCUUAAGAAACAUGGCUUGAAGUAUGUUAUACCUCCUUCUAAGCAAACAGACUGGACCAAACAGAUGCUGCAGUCCAAUGUAACUAUUGCAGACAGGAGCAGAGUUCUUCUGUUCAUCAUAACAGACUCCUCUCGAGCUUUAGCUGAGCUGUGUUUGGCUGCAUAUUACAUUGGACUUGACUACAAAGUAGUGCUUUAUGUGGGUCUCCUAUCAGAAAAAUCUAUCAUAAAUGGAAAGACGUUAUCAAAUAUUGCAAUCAAGGAAUACAACCGUGGUCGCAUGUACCUGAGGGACUUAGCUGUACGACAAGGUGUGGAUGUAUUAGACUCUGUUUCUGCUGCUGUGGAGGUUGCCGCCCGAAAGUGCAUUAAAACAAGUGCAGCUCGUUAGAGUUUUUGUUGUGAUCCAUGGUUUUUACAAGAAUGGAAGUUGUGGAGUGGACCUGCACUAUGUUUCUGAGGUGGCUGGAUUUUAUCAAUGAGGAGAAGGGAGGGGAAGGGGAGGGCAGAGGGGAGAACAAAUACAACUCCCUUUAUUUCAACAAUCAUGUGCUUAAAAUCAGACAUCUUAAUGUGUUUUUUUUGUUUGUUAAGAUGUUGUGAAUUUUAACUGAUGCUUGAAACAGAUUUCUUCUGUGAUUUCAAAAAUGUUAUUCCUCAUGUUUGGAACAUGAAUUAAAGAAUUUCACAUUUUGAUUGAGUGGGAGCAUUUAUGAAUGUUUGAAUGGUUUUUAAUAAUUUAUUGCGUUUAUGUAAACUGUGUGCCUGUGAUUUUGUAAAUUUGUGUGUGUCUGAGAGAGUGAAUGUGUGUGUACAUAUUACGCUGAAUUGUGCUUCUGUAUUUGAGUGAAGCAUGCAUGUGACAAAUGUGUGUUUAUGGGAAUGAACUCAAAAAGAAGCCUGAUUCAGGAUAUAACAGCUUAUCAUAAGUAAUUGUAUUUAAUUAAGAGAUGUUUAGUGUAUAUUUUUUUAUAUUUUUCCAAAUGAAUUUGACUUAUUGUUGCACAUGAAACAAUUUUGCUUGAUAUUUUUUAAAAAGAUGCAUACCUUUGUGAGCCAGUUAACAUAAUGCAGCUGUCACAGUCACAGUGCAGUGUUGUCAAUCAAUUUGGAUCUGAAUCCUGUCUGUAGUCUUUGGGCCCACUAUUUUGAACUUUUGUAUUAGUUGCCCUAAUGUGUUAAUAAUGCAUUUCUUCAAUUGUAAGAGCGCUAGGCAUUUUGGUUUUCACUUGUGACCAAGUGUGAUUUCUUGUGUAAUAAGUUGGAAUUUUACGCAUCUUGAAGCCAUGUGACAUAGUCAUUUUAUUACUGUGUAACAUAUGCAGGCAUGUCUAUGGUUUUGAGUGGUCUCCCAAUAUUCUUGUAGAAUCAUGACCAAUUAGUGUCUUUUUAGUGUUGUUUCUAAAGCUCAAAAUGAAGAUCAUGGGCAUUGGACCUAAAAGAAACCUCUCUGCUCUGCUUAGAGUAACUUUCUCUGUUAUUUUUUUCUUCCAAAAGUUUUCGCUUUAAGGCAUUUGUCAAAUUCACAUGCAGACUUUAAUAUGGCUCUUGCCAUGUCUCUGCAUUUUAUUUUCUGUUAAAAUUAAUGUUAUUCUUAUUUAUAACAAUGAAAUGCAAUGAGUUUGUCAUGACUCCUGUUUUAAUUUAGUAGCCAACCUAUGCAAGUUUAACCAAAUGUCUGUUUCUAAAACUCAAAUCAUAGUUCAUUGUUAUUUAUUAAUGGUUAACCUUAGUGAAUCAACCAACAAAAGGAUAACAUGCAGACUAAUGGUAUUCUGCUCUGUAAUCACUCACAUGGGGAUGCUGUGUUAAAAUGAUUAAGGCUUUUAUUGUUAUGAUUUACUAGCAGAGUCAGGAACUCCACGUACUGCUUUUGUGUGGGCAGUUUGCUUUUGCAAUUUUUGAUGUGCUUUCCUCUUCGAUUUUUGUAUCUGAGGAAUUUUAAUCCCAAAAAAGUAUGUGGUGUUGUUGACUUAACUAGGACUUAAACUCUGUGAUGGAUCUGCUGAGCCCUCCAAAUGGAGCUUGACAGUUAAUGUAAUUCAUGUGUAAUGGCAGAUCUUGCCCGAUUUGAUUAUCUUGUGAUUCUUGGAUUUUGAGCAAAGUGGAUGUCACUGAUAACUGAAAAAUUUUACUUUUCAUGUUCUGACUCUAACAUUUUUAUAUUGCAAAAGAGCUUAAUUUAAAUGAUGACUUUCAAGAGUGCUCACAUUGUUAUUUGUUGUCCUCGUUUUAAGUUUAAAUAUCGGUAAAAGAAGACCUCAAAUUUCUGAAAUUUAUUAUUAGCUGAUGUAUUUUUAUGUUAUGUUCUCAGAAUGUAUGUGAAAUUUUCCCAUUCUGUGAUUGUGUUAAUUAUGAUCUAAUGGCUUUGCCACUCUUGAAUCCUUUGAAUCAUUAUGGUAUCUGUUACACUGUGAUACACUGGCACAACAUGUCAUCUUACAAACAGAACUUAUUUAUUGGUGGCAUUUGCCAAUAGGAUGCUGAUAGGCUUUUGGAGUAUGACUCUUUGGUUUUCAACUGGUAAUUCAAAUUAUUAGUCAGCUAAUUUGUUUUUUACAAACAGUAUCAUGCUUGUAUGUAGUCAAGGAAAGUUAAUGAAGUAAUGCGGAGAGGUACUGAAAAGGGUUAACUGAUGUAUUCUACCAUUCUUUUUUUAAACAAAUAAAUUACCACUUCUUAGCUUGGCUGUGCAAUCUUUGCAAAGCAUUGAAUUUCACAAAAUGCUGUGUAUAUUAAUCUAUUUGUACAUUAAUAAAGAGCCCCAACUUUUGAUUCAAAAUAUAAA